UUACGGGCUCUAAGGCAAGGCCUUACCCUAGAGCCGCCCUUCCUCUCUACAGCUAAACUUGCAGCUCUUCAAUCUCCGUCUGCUGCUAAACUCUUCAUAUUCUGUAUCUCUGACCCAAUAAAAUUAUGGCACUAAGAGGUGUUUGGCAGCUAAAGAAGCUGGUAGUGAGCUAUUGCAAUUGGGGUGGCAGUAGCAGAGGAAUAAGGGCAUUCAUGGAGUCUGAAUUGCCAGCAUUAAAGGAACAAAAUACACAGCUUGAGGUGGUCACUGAACUCAAUCGUGGUCAACAUCCUUUCUUGAAGGGAUUAUACAAGAACAAGAAUGAGCGUGUUGUAUGUGUGAGAAAUUUGAGUCAAGACGAAGUACUUGAAGCAGCGACCAAGCUAAGGAAUUCACUUGGCAGAAAGGUGGUGAAGAUGAAGACUCGACAUGUUACAAAACAACCAAGCGUCCAAGGUACAUGGUCAACAGCAUUGAAGUUAUAAGCCAAAAGGAAUAGUUCAAUGCAGGUGUUUUUGACUUCCUAGGUUUUAUAAUUUGGAUCUUUAAGUCAGGGGUGUAGUUAUGGAUUAUGUGGUCUACAUGUAGCGAGAAGAUAGACUUUUUCAAUGUGAUGCACUCCAUAAUGUAAUAAUUUACUCAUGAUGCUACUGGAGUAAUGGAAUGGAGUUUGCUAUGGUCAUGUUGAAGUUCUGCACUUGAUGUGAUGUUAGUCAAAAGUUAAAUCCUUUGGCUGAAAAAUGUUGGUCAUACAUACAGUGACCCUGAUUUGCUUUUCUUC